GCGCGGGCGGGGGCGCGGACGGGGGCGACCCCGAGCCCUACGUGGCCCACCACCACCACGACGGCAACAUCGCGGAGCUGCUCAUCCCGCUGCUGGAGCGCUCGCUGGCGCAGCAUGACCGCGACCAACAGCGGGAACACCGACGCAAGCCUGGCAAGAAGGUUAUACAGGUGCUGCCAUACCGCGGCUCUCAGGAACACAAACGCAAAGGCUGGCGCAAGCUGAACUCGCACAAGAAGCAAGUCGUAGAGAUCACGCCGCUGCACGGGAAGAACCGCGCCAAGCCGCUCGCGUACAUCCUGUCCGCCGCCAAGCCGAGCCACGCCGAGCACGCGCACGACGACGCCAGCUCGCUCAGCGUCGACCUCGACCACGACAAGUUCUCCUCAGAGGAGCAGACCUCCUCCGAGGAGGCUGACAACCUUAAACAGGAGAAAGCCUUGAGAACUGCCAUCGCUAAGGAGAGCUCCUCAGAGGCUGAGGACAAGACGCAACAAGCCACCGAAGAAGAUGCCACCAGCGAAGACAAGUCCGCUUCUCAAGACGCCUCUGAUGCUACGAAAGAAAAGAACGGAGCUAGUGACGAAGCGUCUGCGGAGAGUGAGAGCGAGAGGGAGCGAGGGAGAUCCGGAGCGCUCACCGUCGAGAUCGUAAGCGAUGAGGAUGAUAUGCUCACUAAAGAGAAUGCCUCUUCCGAUCGCAAGUCCUAUACCAAGGAGGAGGAGACAGACGAAGAUGUCACCAGUCAAGAUGCCGCCAGCGAUGAUGUCACAAAAGAAAAGGAUGGUGAGACCAAAGAAUAUGAAACGAAAGAAAAAGAUGAUGACACUAAAGAGAUUUUGAUUAAAGAAAAACACAGUAGGUCCGAUACAACGAAGGAAGCUGUGAACAGUGAGGAUGUCACCAAGGAAGAACGAGGCGGUCUUACUAAAGAGAACCUAACCAAGGAACACAAGGACGAGCUCACACAGGAAGACUUCACGAAAGAAGAAAACGAGGAAAGCAAAGAUAAGGCAACCGAAGAAGAUAAAGACGCAUUAACCAAGGAAAACUUGACAAAAGAACAUAUCGGCAAAGCUGGAGCCACCAAGGAAGACUUCACUACAGAAGAUGCGACCAAAGAAAAGUCAACUGCAGACGACCUCACCAAAGAGAAUCUUACGAAAGAGGAUAAAGACGGUCUCACUAAAGAAAGUAAAGAUGUUAGCAAAGAAAAUGUAACUGAGGAGGACCUUACUAAAGAACACACUGGGAAGGCAGGAAUCUCGAAAGAAGAUGUAACAAGUAAAGACAGCAGUAAAGAGCACGAAGACACUCUCGCCAAAGAAAACGCAACCGCAGAGGAUCUCACUAAAGAAGGAAAACCAUCUAAAGAGACGACCGACGAGUUACUCUCAAACAACAAACCGAAUGUUAGAGCGGGACAGGACGAUAACGAACUGUUCGAGAAUCUUAGCGGCGAGAAGAAGAGCAAUGAUCUGUCGGAGCUGUUGGGAAACCUGCAGCGAGAGGAGCAGGAGGAACAAGCGCUCCUGCAGAAUGACAUCGUCAUCAGUCGCGGCCACGACGAGGAGUCCGCGGAGAAGACCUUCAGCAAGCUGUUCAACUCGCGCGCGAGAGACAUCAUAGAGCUCAUCCAGUCCUCCGUGGAGGCCAGCACGCCGCACAAGGACUGCCUCAGCGAGCGCCCCAGCAACCACGACCACAAGUCCUACAGGCUCUCCUUCCUGUUCAACAAGUAGACACACACUGUUGACUAGACUGUACAGGAUCAAUUUAAAUUCUAUUGGCUUAAAAAGAAAUACGUUGAUUCUGAUUGGUGGAAAUUCUGUGACGUUUAAAUCGAAACUGAAACUGAUUGGUUGGUCUAAAAGUAAUGAUUUUGAAUAGGAUGUGUACCUACACGACGACUACGGCUUUCUCAUGUGACAACGAUUAGUUUAUGUAUAUUAUUGUAUUUAGUUAAGGGGAGCAUUAUAAAAUGUAAAAAAAAAUGGAGUGUUCUGCGGCUGAGGUCAGGGCCGCGGCGAGGCGCCGUUUGUUGGGAUAGCAAUAAACGUAUAUCUUGAUGGAAUGUGUUU